CACGCCUCCAAACCAAGUUCUAUAUACUAAUGUGGGUCAAGAAGGUUAAUUCUCACUCUGCAGCCAAGACAUGCAACAAAUGCUCUCCACAGGAAGGAAGAGCUAUAAUGGUUAUGAAAAUUCAGCACUUCAACAAAGCUUUUAGAUUGUGAACCGUGUUGGUCUCUUAUUUACCAUGGCUUUUCAGGAACUCCUGAUGAAAGUUGGGGGUAUGGGGCGUUUUCAGAUAAUACAUGUUGUUCUGCUGUCCCUUCCUGUGUUCAUGCUGGCUAGCCACAAUCUUAUUCAGAACUUCACGGCGGCCAUCCCGAAACAUCGAUGUCGUAUUAAUGGUUCAUGGGAAGAGGGCAAUUUUACUGCCGAUGGGCUACAAGCUUUCCUUCCAGUGGAACCAUCAGGAGCAUUCUCUAGUUGCCUAAGAUACACCAGUCCCCAGUUUCAGCUGCUGAAUAGCAAUUCUACAGGUAACAUCAGUGAUACAGAAUCAUGUGAAGAUGGCUGGGUAUAUGAUUACAGUGAGUUUUCUUCAACCAUUAUAACCAAGGUGAGAAUUGUUUAGAUGUGUUAACCCCUUAAGGACACAACUUCUGGAAUAAAAGGAAAUUAUGACGGAAAAUUUACGUCAUGUGUCCUUAAGGGGUUAAUUGAAGUGUUCUAUAUGUGUGUUUUUAAAUUCUUAAUCACAUUCCGCUGUUUCUAUUGGGGUUUUUAUUCUUUCCUAGUUCGUCAUCCCUUUUUUUUUUUGUGAUUACUAUAUUUUAUUAUUACAAAAAUUCUGUUUUGAAUCUUACCAGGCAGCUUAAAAUCCCCAAUCUUAGCAAACAAAUAUGAAGAUUUAGUUAAACCAUAUGGCCAUCACUACAUCACAGUACUCCAAUAUCGGUGGGGCCUAAGCUAAUUUUAGCACAAGAGGUAAACAUGCCUACUGUAACAUGUACUGUUUAAACGGCUCCCAGGCCUUCCCUGUGGUCAAUUCCAAAGGGUCACCUGGAGUAAAGGGGCAGGGUUUACUCCCCCAAAGGGAAUAACAGUAAGAAACUGACAGACAGAAUUAAUGUCUACAAAUAUACAUACCUCUUGUUUCCCUCACACGAUAUGCUUCCUCUAUACCUCUUCUAAUCUCACUACAGCUCAUUGCACUCACUCAUCCUUUAAUCUGUCAGGUUAUCGCCCCUCUUCUAUCUUUUGUUGGCUCUGGGUAGAUAUUGCUUUGUGUGCAUUGCAGUCUACAGUUUUAUUAUUCUCUGAUUUUUUUUUUCUCUGUAUCCCUGGUUUAACUGUACUUUUGUUUCAGUGGGACCUGGUCUGUACACAACGCAGAAUGAGACAACUGGCUCAAUCAAUUUAUAUGGCGGGGGUUCUAGUUGGGUCCAUUGUAUUUGGGGGUCUCUCAGACAAGUAAGAUUUUGCCAAAUCCAAGAGAACACAUAAAAGUAUGUUGGUAUUACUUAAAAGCUCGUCAAUCUGUGCAAUGUGCUCGUUUUAAUGAGAUUACUUUUCAAAAUGACAUAGGCAGUGAUGAGCAAUGAGAAACAAAAGACAUGAUUUAUUUAAACAAUUUUUGGCAAAAUGGCUGUAAAUGUCUAACCAAAGAAGCCAUGUAUGAAUAUAAAAUGGUAUAAAGGUGAUGAAAAUAAACACACCCCACUGGAUCAAUAGGAUAACUGUAUAAAACUUUAUAUAACCUUUUUUACUGCUAUGCUAUCCAAAUGGUUUGAAUUUGUAAUCAAUUUCUUAAAAGAACUUUAUAUUUCAAUGACAAUUACAAGACCACCAAAGCAACAUCUGUAAUCAUUAUCAUUACAAAUAUUCUAAUUAUAAGAAUAAAUGGGGUUAAUGAGCUUCAAAGAAAUACAAAUGAUAUUAAGUGAAUCUAAACUGAAUUGAAGGAAAUUUAGUGUGAAUUCACUUUGAAUUUCAACUUGCAAGCUGAAAUAUCCAAAGUGAAAACAAAGCUCACUUGAAUAUUUUAUUUUGAUUUUGCAAUGUUGGCCUUAAAUUUGGAAUUCUCUUUUUAAACUCCCUUCACUGAAUUCCAGAUAAUUCACACUUUAUAACCCUGUUUAUGAGAAAGUCCCUCUGUCAAGAUAGAAGCCAGUGAGAGGCAACAAUAUUGCAUGCAAGUCUUAAACAAACAUUCCACUCACAUGCUUUAUGUUUCUAUUUCAGUCUUACUAACCCAUGUGUACCUGUUUUAGCCUCACCUGUAUAUCCUGGUUCAAUCCAUAAAAAGCACUGUGCACAGGUUACACCUAUUUAAAAGAUACAACAGUCACACCUUCUUGCUGUGUAACAAUGCAAUAUAAAAACUGUUGAAUUUAUCGACUAACAGGCAGUAACUUGUAAUUAUCUCAUAUCACAAAAAAAAAAAAAAAUACAUAAUUGAGCAUUUGAGAAUAUACAAUAGUUCCCUUGGUGAAAUAUUAUCCAUGUAACUACCACUGAUAUAGUUAUAGUUAUGUUAUUAUGUAUUGUGUGUGUCUGGUGUUUACAAGAGACUGUUUCCAAACCUCUAGUAAGCAAAUUUUCUUUAUCCAAAACCAAUGUGUUAUCAGUUAAGAUUAAUUGUGUAUUCUGGAAAACUAAUGGGAUUGAGGGGUUCUGGAGACAUCAUAAUAAAUUGUGAGAUUUCAGAUAGAGUGGUUUAUACUGUAAAUUUCUGCACAAUAUGGGUUUAUCUUUCCAUAAUACAUGGUCAGCAAUUUCAGCUGUAAUAAUUAAAAUGUUCCACUCAGGAGUAACUCCCACCAAUCUGAAGUACAGUGGGCCAUGUAUGUCUGGGUUCUGGCCCAGAUUAAGGCCUGGAGACUGCACAAGCUCAUCAUUACAGGAAAUAACAGCAUAGAACUGUUUCUACCUACUUACGUUACUCCUGUAAUGAACUCCCAUUAUCAAAUUUAUUUUAGAAUUGAGACCCAAUUCAGGAAAUCUUGUUUAAACCUUGUAUUAAGAUUGUGUAACAAAUACUAGUGCCAGUCAUUGACUAUGGGGUUCAUAAUCAGGGCCGGAAUUACAUCUAGAGCGCCUGUAUGUAGACAAUUAUUAAAAUCACUCACAAAUCCAUUCCACCUCCUCCUUUUCAAAACUAAAAAAAAACUUGAUAAAAAUGUGAUGAUAUAUGAAUAAAUUAGUUGUAUGCACACACAGACAUGUAGAUUUUGUCUGUAUGUGUAGAUUUUGUGUUUGUGUUGGUGUGUGUCUGUGUAAGUACAUAUGUCAGUGUAUGUAGAUGUCUGUGAAUUUGUAGCAGUGUGAGUGUGUAGUAGUGUGUUUGCAACAGUGUAGUGUUUGUUAGUAAGUGUUGGUGUGGGAAGUUAAGUUUGUAACAGUGUGGAGGUGGGUAGUAGUCUGUAUAAUGUAUGUAACAGUGUAUGUGUGUAACAGUGUGGGUAGUAGCCUGUAUAAUAGUGUGUGUAACAGUGUUUGUUUGUAAGUGUUGGUGUGGGAAGUGAUGUGUGUAACAGUGUGGUGUGGGUAGUAGUCUGUAUAAUAGUGUGUUUAACAGUGUUUGUUUGUAAGUGUUGGUGUGGGAAGUGAUGUGUGUAACAGUAUGGUGUGGGUAGUAGUCUGUAUAAUAGUGUGUGUAAAAGUGUGGUGUAGGUAGUAGUCUGUAUAAUCGUGUGUAUAACGGUGUUUGUUUGUAUAUGUUUUUUUCUUUAAAAAUGUGCCCUUUUGCAUUUAUAAUCAAAUUAUACCCUUAUGAAGUGGUGACGUUUAACUGUGUUUUUGUAUAUGUUUUAAAUAUAUAUCAUCCUUUAUCUAUAUGGUGGGAUUUUUUUUGCGUUUUUUUUAAAUCCCAGGAUAUCAUAGAAAUCCACUAUGUAAACAAAUGCAUGGAUUACAUUAUACUUUGAUUAAUCACUGUUGUCUCUCCACGCGCAUAUACAGGUUUGGACGUAGACCAUUGAAUAUCUGGUCCCACUUACAGAUGGCUGUUACUGGAGUGUGUUCAGCAUUUGCCCCUAACUAUAUCCUUUAUUGUGUAUUUCGCUUCCUGACGGGUACCGCACUCUCUGGCAUAGUGCUCAACUCCUACUCGUUGAGUAAGCUUUAAUGUAAAAUAGCAUUAAAAACCCCAUGAAUAUGUAUAAAAAAAUUGUGGGAUGAUUAUUGUGACAAGUUGAAGUGUUUAUAGAGAGCUUAUAUUAAGUAAUACAAUAAAGACGUGUUUUUACAAUGUAUUUGGGGACCAUUAACUGCCAAAGUUUAAUUUACUUAAAUGACGUACGUCUCAUGUUAGUUAAAUGGAUUUAUCAAUAUGAUAGAGAAAUAGUGAUGGUUGGAAAGGCAAAUUUUAAAGCAAAAUUGAACUACAAGUAUAGAAAAAGAGGGAGAGAUUAAAGGAGAGACUAAAGAUCAGGAAUUAAUGAGCACAGAACAGAUCCACGCAUUUAAUUAUUUUGUUUCCUAUUUCAUAUGAAACGCACAUUAUUUAUUUUUAUGUCUAUAGUAUUAAAUCACACACAGAGAAAAUAUUAACACUUUUUAUUGAAAAUGGUAAUGAAUUAGUAAACCAUUGCAGAAAAUAAGAUUUAAUUAUGUUUUUCUCCAGUUGUAGAAUGGAUCCCUACAGAAUCUCGUGCAUUCACGAGCACAGCCACUGGAUACUGCUAUACAAUUGGUCAGCUGGUCCUGGUGGGCUUGGCGUACCUUAUCCGGGACUGGCGUAUGCUACAGCUAGCAGCUUCCCUUCCCUUUUUCAUUUACUUUAUCUAUUCAUGGUAUGAUUUUUUUUGAUUUUUUUUAAAUGCCACCACUGUUUUUAUGUCAUCUCAUCUCCAUUUAGGAAGUUGUUGAAGGUAUUCAUACUACACCAUUCAGCCCUUCAAUGUGUUUUUAAAAAAUUGCAACCACCUUAUCUCAACAAUUUCAACAGAUGUACGUAAAGAUCUUAAUUAAUUACCUAGACCAGGGAUAGGCAACCUUUAGCACUCCAGAUGUUGUGAACUACAUCUCCCUUGAUGCUUUUCCAGCAUUAUGGCUGUACGAGCAUUAUUGGAAAACCGAAGGUUGCCUACUCCUAACUUAGACCAUGCAGUUGAUUAUUUCCCAUCAUAAUGUCAUAUCAAGGUCCAUCCACAAAGACAUAUGAAGUUACAUAUGUCCUUAGAAUUACACAACAAUAUUAACUAGUGGACAUAAAUGCAUAAAUGUAUAAUAUAAUUUAUCAUGAACAACUAGAUGAUGGAAUGAGGUAUAAUCAAACAGACUGUCUUGACAUAUGCUCUAUUGUACUCUAGGUGGAUCCCAGAGUCUGGCCGUUGGCUUGUACUCACUGGAAAAUCUCAAAAAGCUAUUAAAGAGCUGAAGAAGGUGGCCAGAAUCAAUGGAUUUAAGGAAGAAGGUGAAAAGCUCACUGUGGAGGUAUACAUACUUUGUCAAUGUCUUUAUUAUUAAUAUGGAAGAUAUUUCUAAAUUCACAAAAUAUAACAAUAGCUUAAGCAUUAUCACAUGAAACUGUAUCUGGUUUGUGUGAAUUAAGUAAAAAAGAUAGAUUUGUCAUCAGGAGGUCCAAAGACCUUCAAAUCAUUGGGCAGUAAUGGUAAGACAACGUAGAUUGCAAAAAUUAAUAUUAUAAAUCUGGUAAAAUCUUUAGAAUUUCCCAUGCAGCUCACGUUAUCAGAUUUGUCCAAGAUUUCAUUAUCUUUAUAAUUCUUCCUCCGACAAAACAAUCUCCUCCAAUGGAAGUUGCCUUUUUAAAUAGAUUCACUAAUUCUUUGAAUAUAUGUAACUACUGGAGUAGUUUUUCAAAUGUGGGAACACUUUAUGCAUGGACAGGAUGUUCCACAAGAUAAAAUUUAAAAGAAAGAAAAUCAUUCUUGAAAUCUAAUACCAUUUAGUGAAUAAAUAACAGCAUUUGUUGUAAAAUGUCAAGGUUUUAUUGGAAGCAUUAAACAUAUACUUUUUCAGUGUUCCUAUAUUUGCUAAUGUAUGAAUUGUUUCUUUCUACCUUUUAGUAUGUCACAGGCAACAUGCAGAGAGAAAUUAAAGCUGCACAAAAGACCACAUAUUCUGUUUUAGACCUGGUAAAGACUCCUGUAGUUAGAAGAAUAUCCUUCUGUUUAUCUUUCACCUGGUAGGUAGUAACCUAACAUGACUCUUAGGGUAUGAGGCUCAGAAGCUAUGUACUGCAAAUUUCUAUAUGUAUCUUUUUACAACUGAAGAGUCCAGUAAUAUAUUGUUCAACCUUUUUUCUCCUCCAACUUCUAAGGUUCUCCACUAGCUUCUCUUAUUAUGGACUGGCUUUGGAUCUGCAGAAAUUUGGAUUCAGUGUCUUCAUCAUGCAGAUCAUCUUUGGGGUUGUUGACAUUCCAGCUAAAUUUAUUUCCUACUUUGUGAUGACAUAUAUUGGCCGUCGGGUCCUGCAAAGUGGUUCCAUGUUUCUAGCAGGUGUUGCAAUUUUGGUGAAUAUAUUUGUACCUCCAGGUAAGUCUCUGUGUGAUACUUGAUUUUGUAUAAAGCCAUUCUUCAUGCCCAUAUAGACAAAGCAAUAUAAUAAUAAUAAUAAUAAUAUCUCAGUAUGAAGGGGUUCUCUGUGUCCAGUUGUAGACAUUUGUAUUCACAUGGAAUAAUUAACUCUAAAGUAUGUAUCCCAGGUCUAGAUUUGCUUGUUCACAUCUAGAUAAUUAAACUACAGGUAGGUGUAAGUACUACGAAGACCAAUGCUGAGGAUCACAAAGAAGUUUUGGCACUUGUAAUGUAUCUGGGUUUGCAAGAACCUGAAAGAUAGAGUGUAGUAUUAAUCAUAUCAUAGCUGAAUUUGUUGUGUCUCUUAAUCAUUGCAUUUGUUUGUUCUAGAGUAUCAAGCUGUGCGAACAUCAAUGGCAGUUUUUGGAAAGGGAUGUCUGGCAGCAGCAUUCAAUUGUCUGUAUCUGUACACUGGAGAAAUGUACCCAACUGUCAUAAGGUAAAAAAUAUUCUUCUAGAUGGCCUGUCAAAGAGACAGUAGACAUUCUUAGACAUUGGGUAGCUUUCGUGUUAAGUUUUCAUCUACCUUAUGAGUGUGAACAUCUGCAUGUGAAAUAAGAAGACUUAUCAAUACUUUUUUUAAGUCAACUGCUGGUGGUUUCUUCAUAUUAAUGGUAGAUGCUUCUAGUUUCCUUUUGUUAGGGGUACCUGCUGAGAGGUACACUCAUCUUACAUACAGAUAGGAGGUCAUGGCCACACUCUCCUAUACAUACAAAUAGGAGGUAAAGGACAGACUGUCCUAUGCAUACAGAUAGGAGGUUAUGGCCAUACUCUCAUAUACUUACAAAUCAAGGACACACUAUCCUAUAUAAACAGAUAGGAGGUCAUGGAAAUACUAUCCCAUUCACACAGACAGGAAGUCAUGGACACACCGUCCCAUGCAAACAGAUAGGAGGUCAUGGACACACUGUCCCAUGCAGAUAGGAGAUCAUGGACAUACCAUCCCAUACAAGCAGAUAGGAGGCCAUGGAUACACUAUCCCACACAAACAGAUAGGGGGCUGUGGACACUGUAUCCCACACAAACAGAUAGGAGGUCAUGGACACACUAUCCCAUACAAACAGAUAGAAGGUCAUAGACACUCUAUCCCAUACAAACAGAUAUGAGGUCAUGGACACUCUAUCCCAUGCAAACAGAUAGCAGGGGCAUUGCUAAGUGGCACAGUAAAAUUGGCUGAUUUGUGUGCUAUUCAAUACUUUGUCUCUUGUAUAGUAAAUUAAUAUAUCAUUACUUAACUUCUAAUUGCAUAACUGACUUAAUCAGUAGAAACAGAUAUUGGAAAAUCUGCCAUAGUUAGUGCUUUUUUCUCUUCAAAGAGGAUAGCAAAAGAGGCAAAUAUUGUCAUUAGUAACGCUUUCAUGUUUUCCUUGACAGACAGUCAGGAAUGGGACUUGGAACCAUGAUGGCACGGAUUGGUGGAAUUAUUGCCCCACUUGUUCAAAUGACUGCUGACUAUUAUCAACAUCUUCCACUCAUUAUUUAUGGUUGUUCUCCUAUAAUUUCUGGCAUUGCUGGCUGUUUCCUUCCAGAGACUCUCAAUGUCCCCCUUCCUGAAACAAUAGACGAAGUGGAAAGGUCAGUGUUAUCCUUGUGCUUUAAUAUAAUAGAAGUCCAUGGAUACAAAAUAGAGACACUAAAAAAGAAAGUGUGAAUAAAAGAAAAAUGUAAAAUUAUUUCAUCUGAUGUAGACCUGUUGAAUGUUGGAAAACGUUCAUCAUCACAUACUUACUUCCAGUGUACAGUAGGAAGCCUAAUGUUUUCUAACGCUCUUAUAUGCAGAGCAUUAAAUUAAUUGAGAAAAAACAUAAUGUUUAUACUAUAGUAUAUAUUUAAUGGACUCAUUAGAUCUUUCUAUAUGAGUCCUAUAAUUAUUAUGAAUAAGUAACACCACAUGGAAGAGGUCAUAGUAACAGAAUGAGCACAAUUAUACUAGACCAGCCAUCUAUAAGUGCUUAAUAAUACAAGAACAUGGAAAUAACGUUCACAAUAUCAUGAACUGCUUUUUAUUUUGCCAAUUUGAAAAACAGUUUCUUUCGAGGGAAGCCUAUUUUUUCAGGGUUAUUCACUUCUUUCUUUGUCUUGGGUAUAUUGAAUGAAACAAAUACAUAUAGCCCCAUAACUACUACUAAUACACCAUGCGAAUCAUUAAAAUGCUCACUAUAACUGAGCAAUUGAACCUCUAUACUAUAAAAAAUCUCUUCUGAUAGCUUGGCUUUUACUAGAGUGCAGUUUGGGUAAGUAUAAUAUACUAUAAAAUACCUCUCCUGGCACUUCUGUACCAUCCACACAAGACAGAUAUCCAAUAGAAUGCAUAAUGUAACUCCAACUUGAGAGUUCCUCUUUAAACUAAAUAAGUAUUCAGAACUUUAUUCCUAAUGUCUUCUAUUACUCCAUGUAAUUCAUUACGUUAUUCCAUAUAGCUGUCCAUACCCGAGUAUUGCUUUAUAUAACUAUCUUUUUGUUCCGUAUAAUGUUUCCUCUAUUGCUUUACAUAACUGCUGAAUUAGUUUUUUCUUUUACACUGUAGAUCUGGUAAAUGGAAUAAGAGUGCCACUCCCAGCGAGAAGAAGAGUUUAAAAACCACAGAGUUGGAUAAAUUACAAGUUGAAGUUUAAGCUUGUGGUAUACUAUGCCAAAACUAGCUAUGGCAUAUAGAAGGUCCACAUCAUAAUAAUUUGCACAGUACUUGUUUGCCCUGAUAUACAUUAUCCAACAAUAUCUUUGCCUGUGAAAAGACUAAAUGAAGACAUGCAUCGAGGGCUGCAUAUCAGGACAUAUUGUGAGUGCACUUUAAUGGAUCUAUGUGCAAUCAUCCUGAAAUUCCUUGUCACCAAUAUUAAUUUGUGUAUCCAAGCUAAGACUCUUCCACUCCCACUUGUUCUUCUCUGGACAUUUUACAAACCGGACCCAGCGAGAUUAGAAACAAAGAAAUCUACUGUCUAGGAAGCCAAAAGAACGGUGCUUGCUUUUGAGGACUCAGUCUCUCUUCCUUGAAUGCACUACAUUUACAAAGACUAUGAGCUAACACUUUUUACUCUCGUUUGUACUCUUAGUCACUGAGGAACUGAGCACCAAAAAUGAUGAAGGAGAUCUGUGACUUUAGAGGUGAUGAUCUUGUUUUAGCUAUGUUAUGAGAGCACUAUAACUUUCUUAUAUAUGCCAAUGGCUCUGCACAGGGGCAGUCUUUUGCUUUGCACAAUGAUGGCAGAUGGCAUAUCAGUCUCCUUUGGUAGUUAAUGGUGGUACUAUUGACCACCAACAGUCUCCAGUAAUUCACUCCAAUGGUUGAGCUAAAUGUUCUCCACCAGUCUGUACUAAACCAAAUGCUGACAGAACAUUAAGUAAAUUGUAACUCAGCAACAAAUAGAGAUCUACCACUUGGAUACCAAUGUUUUAUACAUUAAACAUUUGAUCCAAAAAAAUACUGUAAUACAGUGUAGAAUAUAAUAAAAAUCUCAAAAGCAGACCUUUCCUACAUCUGAAAAAUGGUUACAUAAUAUCCAUGUUUCAAGGUGAGACUUGUGCUGCCCAAGCCAUCUGCAUAGAGCUCUGUGUAGCUCUGUUAAAUGUAAGUUUACACCUUUGUCAAUUGUUCAUACUAUAUAUGUAUGUAUAUGAAUAUGAAUUUACAGAAUGUUUCUCCCUUUCUGUGGAGUAAUAAUUUGGAACAAACCUGUACUGCUUUCUUAUGUGCAAGUGUGUAGCCAAUCAAAAGAGGCAAUUAUUUCUCACAAAUAUUGAUAUACACACUUUCGUAUCCUGUGUCAUAAUUAAGACAUUUUGAAAAUAUAAAUCCUCUGUCUCUUUCCAACCUAUGAGGAUUUAAAAUAUCUAUGCAUAAAAAUAAACAUUAACAAUAAAGACAAUGAACAUACAUAAACAUUCUUUUAGUAGUCAUAUCUAUCAUUAAUAUUGACAGCAAGUACAAAUGUGUUUAGUGUACAAUAAUUAUCGUCUGACUGAGUAAUUGUGUCAUAUACCAAUCAUUUGAGAACCUUUUUAUUCUAGUAUUGUGUACCAGCA